GCAUGAUAUGUGUGUGUGUCAGUGUGUGAAACUGGAGAGAAGAUAAAGGAAGGCACGGAAGCCUUUUGUCGCACACACUCCUGAUUGAUCAACGGACGUCACUGCAGCACAGUGUAAAAACAUCCGCCAAGAUGUGUUGCUCUGGAUUCCUCAAAAUGAUGAUGUUCAUCUUCAAUGGCACCAUCUUUUUAGCAGGUGCUGCCAUCCUGGGUGUGGGCAUUUGGGUGAAGGUGGACAGCAAUUCCCUCAUGGGAAUACUGGAUAGUGUGGAAGAACUUCCGUCAGAGGUAUCCCAGGUGGCCAACAUCGCUUACCUGCUCAUUGCAGUCGGGGCCGUGCUGCUGGUCAUCGGCUUCCUGGGCUGCUGCGGCGCCAUCAGGGAGAGCAGGUGCAUGCUUCUGUUGUUCUUCAGUAUUGUGCUGAUUAUAUUCCUCAUCGAGGUCGCUGGCGCCGUGGUGCUGCUCGUUUUUAAGGAUGUGGCUCAGGAUCUCUUUGAUAGUCUUGAGACUGAAGUCCAAAAAAGCCUCCGUGCAAAGUUUGGAAAGGACGAGAGCCUGACGUCUCUGUGGAACACCACCAUGGAGGGGUUUCAGUGCUGUGGAUACAAGAACUACACCGACUUCAACAACUCACCCUUCUACGUCCAAAACAAUGGCUUCUAUCCAUCCUAUUGUUGCAACGGGACAGACGUCGGUGGCAUGUGCAGCGGAGAGGCAGCAGAAGCGUCCGCAGAACUUGGGUUGGUUGACGGCUGCUUCAACAAGCUGCUGCAGCUGAUUGAGGACAAUGCUGUGAUAGUUGCAGCCGUGGCGCUCGGGAUCGCCGCUCUUGAGAUUGCCGCCAUGGUGGUUUCAAUGGUUCUCUACAAGCAGAUUGGUAACAAAGCGUGAUAGCGUCACGUUUUUUUGUUUUAUUUAAUAAGAUAGAUUGCUUGUUAGCUGUUCCCAGUGAGGUUGUUUGCCCUUAAGUUUGACUGAAAACGCACAGAAAGCAUGUUUAUGUUUCAGUGGAUGCUAUGACCUUCAAUCACUAAGCUUGUAAUAUAAAAGAUGUGCAGAUAAAUAACUGAAAACUGUAUGAUAUCACUUGCAUACUGAUGAGUUCAUUUUUUAUAUAUAUAUUUGAUCAAAGUAAAGAAAUAAAAGUGAGCAUCUGUUCAAUUUA